AAGUCUGCAUCUACACAGACAGUCUUACCCUUCAGCUUACCAGUAUGCCCCGCUUGGGAAGAUUUCGCAGGCAGAGAGACGACAAUCCCGUUUCAUCUUCUCCACCAUGUGACGCCGCUUUGUCCUCUGGGUUCAUUUGCGGGAGGGUUCGUUCGUCCACCUCUAGGGCCUUCUCUAUUCUCCGAUUGACCCAGGUGACAGCAGUGGUGAGUAUCCCAGCAUGCCCGAGUAUAACAGUAGGUGGAGCUGCCGUGGUUUCCAGAGGCUAGAAAACUGGACACUUAACCGAACAACCCUCAUCACCUUCUAAUCUCUCUUCUACGAAUAUUCCGCUUCACUAGAAAUGGCAGCAACCGCAUCAUGACUUUGAUGGGCUGUCUUAACGACGACACCUUUGGACCAGUUGUCCAGGGGUGUCGCGACGACUUCGACUUUACGCAGAAGUUUGAGAGGAUUUUAUUCACUGCAGUUCCUGCUUCGGCUUUCAUACUCGUGGCCAUAGUCAGGGUAUCUCACCUGGCCCAAAAACCGCGAUUAGUGUUGGCGACGCCAUUUCAGCUCGUCAAAAUUCUGACGAUUAUUAUCUAUGCUGCUUCUCAACUGUCUCUUCUAGUUCUCCUGAGCAUCGUGGACGCGGCUGCUGUACGUAGCUUUUCUAUUGCCGGGAUAGCUCUGGCCUUUACUGCUAGUCUCCUCAUGAUCGCCGUAUCAUUUCUCGAGCAUGCACGAUCACAUCGAACGUCAGCCCUUCUUAAUAUUUACCUCCUAUUUACCUUGCUCUUUGAUAUUGUCCAGGCCCGAACAUUAUGGCUUGUAAUAAAUUCUCGAAGCCAGGCUAUAUUUACCUAUUUGUUCACAGCCUCGAUCACCAUAAAAUUGAUUGUCCUCGUCCUCGAAACUCACAGCAAGGCUAGAUGGAUUAUCUGGGACGAGAAAGAGCACAGCCCUGAAGAAACAAGCGGAAUCUACACCCUGUCUGUCUACUAUUGGCUGAAGCAGCUUUUUUUACGAGGGUAUAAGAGCAUUUUACGCUUCGACGACUUGUACGGUCUAGAUAGCGCAAUGAGUGCGGAGACCACAGCCUCAAAGCUAAUAGAGAAGUUAAAUGAUCAGAAACACCAUGGUCAAAAGCCUUCUUUACUAAAGGCCCUUUUCAGAGCAUUUUCUUGGCCGUUUUUGCUGCCCGUCUUUCCCCAAAUUGCUCUUAUCGCCUUCCAGUAUUCUCAGUCAUUCUUUCUGGAGACUUUGAUUGAAUAUCUGGAGCGACCAGAUCAUGAGUCGUCUAAGAAUAUGGGGUAUGGUCUUAUUGUUGCAUGUGCGCUGAUAUACCUCGGAAUGACAGUAUCUACCUCUUUUUACGCCUAUCACAGUCAGAGAGCGGCGUCCAUGGCCCGUGGGAGCUUGUGUGCAGUCAUCUACAAAAAGACCACCGAAAUAACCACCGCGACUGCUACCGACACGGCCUCGGUCACGUUAAUGAGCACUGACGUGCAGCACGUUGAAACCGGCAUUCGCCUUAUGCACUUCAUGUGGUCCAGUUUGAUACAGGUUGGACUCGGAUGCUGGUUGCUCUACACAAAACUUGGUGUCUCGUUCGUAGCACCUAUCGUCAUCAUGUGCUUAUGCUCCGGCAUUCUUCUCUGGGUAAUGACAUUUGUUCAGAGUCGCCAGAGUGUCUGGAUGGGAAAGAUAGAAAGCAGAGUCGGCCUCACGGCCAACGUAAUCUCCAACAUGAAAUACUUCAAGAUGUUGGGCAUUUCGGACCAUGUAGCGGACUUGAUACAGGACCUACGAGAGGAGGAGAUUCGGGCCGGAACCAAGUUUCGAAUCCUCUUGUUGGCCGCCUUCGGCCUCGGCUAUAUUCCGUUGUCCAUAUCGCCAGCGGUCACAUUUGGGCUUACAUUUAGAAACCUCGAUGCCUCGACUCUGUUCGUUUCGUUGUCUUUUAUGACACUUCUAACGACUCCCUUGUUGCAACUUUUUCAAGAUCUACCUCAAUGCCUAGCCGCCCUGACCAGCCUCCAUCGCAUCGAAGCAUAUUUAGCGAAACAGCCUUGGGAAGAUUUUCGCCAUCGGGAUGCGCCCGGAGCUUCUGAAGGCCAGGUUAUAGAUGACCACAAGUCCUGGACUUCUGAAACCGCACUGGUGGAACUUCAUCGCCCGGAUCUCACACAUGCUGCUAGACAUCAAGCCGGUGUCCUGCCAUCGUCCCAAGAGCCAGCAUUCGAGAUAGAAAAUGGUUCGUUCGGUUGGGACGAGAGCAAAAUGGUAUUGAAAGAUAUUGAUAUUGCCUUCCCCAGCGGCAAAAUGUCGAUAAUUGUUGGACCAAUCGCGUCGGGAAAGUCAACUUUAUGCAAAGUUCUUUUGGGUGAAGUUCCAAUAGCCUGCGGAAGCACAAAAAUUAAAUUCCCCAACUCCCCUAUCGGUUACUGCGCGCAAACGCCAUUUCUCUUGGACGCGACCAUAAUGGAAAACAUCAUUAGCUAUUCUCGAUUUGAUCAAAAGAAGUACGAUGCAAUAAUUACUGCCACUAUGUUGAGUGUUGAUGUAGCAAACCUACCAUCUGGUCAUCACACCAAGAUUGGGAGCAAUGGAAUCCUUUUGAGCGGCGGGCAGAAACAACGCGUGUCGUUGGCAAGGGCUCUUUACCUUGAAUCGGAAGUCCUGAUAUUCGAUGAUGUGUUUAGUGGACUGGAUGCCCCUACUGAGACAGAGGUCUUCAAGCGAGUCUUUGGCCCAGACGGGAUCAUCCAACAACGGAGGGCUACAUCAAUAUUAUUCACUCACUCGGUACGCCAUCUUCCUUUCGCGGAUUACGUCGUCGUUCUUGGGAGCGACGGCGGAGUCGUCGAACAGGGACCGUUUGAUACACUUGCCAACAACGGCAAAUAUGUAUCGAGCCUCGGCGUCAUGACAACCACCCCAGAUACCAAUAGAGUGUCGAAGGCGGAAGAUAUACCGAAAGUUUCAAUCCAACGCAAGACUCUACUAGAGAUGAAUAACGCCAAUCAAUACAGGCAAACAGGCGAUUGGUCGAUUUAUGCACACAACCUAUGCCGUGAUUCCGUAUUCGGGGGAGCCCUCAACUUGAAUUUCUUGAUCCCUGAAGAGUUACCGGAAGUUUCAAUCCAGCACAAGGCUCCACUAGAGAUGAAUGACGCCGACCAAAGCAGGCAAGUAGGCGAUUGGUCGAUUUACAUACACUACCUACGCAAUGUCGCGACACGAUCCGUUGCCGCGUGCAUUAUCCUUUGCAUAGUGAGUGGAACUGCCGCAAACUUUUCCACAGUAUGGGCGUCGUUCUGGUCCGAAAAUUCUUUCGAUCGACCAACAAACUUCUAUGUGGGAUUAUACGGCUCAAUACGUGCUUUGGAGCUCUUUUCCAUACUUGGCGCGGUUGUAGGGCUGGUGCACAUGGUCUCAUCAUCCGGAUCAAAUCUCCACAGACAGGCCAUCAUUACCGUUGUAAGGGCACCGUUGAGCUUUUUUACUACAACAGACACCGGUACUGUAACGAAUCUAUUUUCGCAGGAUAUGACUCUUAUCGACGGAGAGCUACCGCUAGCCUUUAUAAACACCUUUCUUGGUGUCGUUAUUCUAAUCGGGAACUGCUUUGUCGCCGCCAUUGCAUCGCCAUAUCUCGCAAUAAGCUAUCCAUUCGUGGCUGGCAUACUCUACGUGAUCCAAGUAUUUUAUCUCAGAACAUCAAGACAGCUGCGAUUGCUUGAUCUAGAAGCAAAAAGCCCACUAUACAACCACUUCAUCGAUACAACAAGAGAUCUCGCUACUAUCCGGGCUUUUGGAUGGGUAAAAGAUGAAAUUGAUACUAGCAAUAAGUUUUUGAAUGCGUCCCAGCGACCGGCGUACCUCCUGGCCAUGAUUCAAGCUUGGUUGCAGACGAAUCUCACAAUGCUGGUUGGGGUGAUUGCCAUCUGUCUUACCACGCUCGCCACCCAGCUCAGGACGAGCUCGAGCUUCACUGGAGCUAGUUUGCUCACGUUGAUGAGUUUAGCGAGCACAGUGGCAGCUGUGAUGCAGAGCUACACUCAACUUGAGACGUCCAUUGGGGCAAUCAACCGACUGAGGACGUUCAGCCAGAAGGUUAAGCCCGAAGACGGGAAUGACGCAAACAUGCCCAUUCCAGAAUUGUGGCCUACUUAUGGUAGUGUAUCGCUCAACGCUGUAUCAGCAUCAUACAGCACUAAAGCUGCAGAUGCGGAUGAUAAGUCGACCGGUAAAAGCCCUCAAGCCCUCGCUUUAAACAACCUUUCUCUAUAUAUUCGGCCAGGGGAGAAGGUUGCUGUUUGCGGAAGAACUGGCAGUGGAAAAUCAUCUUUGAUGUUACUUCUCCUACGCCUCCUCGACCCUUUGCCAGGUUCGGAGAACAUAGAAGUCGAUGGCAUACCUAUUCAUCAAGUUCACCGUUCAACUCUCCGGCAACGAUUCAUAACCGUUCCUCAGGAUUCCAUCUUCCUUCCGGGGGUAAGCAGUAUCAAAUUCAACCUCGACACCCUCAGCUCGGCCACAGAUGAGGAGUGCAUAUCAGUGCUCGAGACAGUUCAGCUCUCCAGCUUCGUCCGAGCGUGCGGCGGUCUCCACGCACCAAUGAGCGCCGAUAGUCUCAGUGCGGGACAACAGCAGCUUUUUGGCUUGGGCAGGGCCGUCCUGCGACGAAUAUUGCGAGACAAGAUGGGCGGGCCGAGGGGGGGUAUUCUCCUGCUUGACGAAAUGAAUUCUAAGUUGGAUAAAGACACAGACAGAAUCACGCAGGAGAUAGUUAGAGAGCAUUUUGCGGAUUAUACUGUCAUUAUGGUAGCCCACCGGCUGGAUAUAGUGAUGAACAUGUGUGACCGGGUGUUUGUCCUAGAUAAGGGCACGCUGGUUGAAGAGGGCAGUCCGAAGAUGCUGGCUGCAACGAGCGAGAGUCGGUUUGGGGAGCUUUGGAAGGAAGAUGCCUAACAUACUUCAUAAGUGAGCGCGCCUUAAGGUUAGGGCUGGUUAGGGGUUGGACGGUUUUGCAAGCUUUGUUAAUAGGUAGCGAAAUAAAUAUUCUCUUUGUCUGG